CCGCCAUCCAGUUCUCUUUCGUUUAUAGGUCGGUGAGGGUCGAGUUUUCUGAUGCAAUCCGUUGCUGGCUGUGUUCAUCGUGGAAAAUUGUGAAAAUUAUCAAAUCUCUUACGUGCGUUUUGCGUCGCUACAAUAAAGCAGUUAUUUUCUUUUAGAGAAGGAGAUUACAAGAACUAACAAGAUGACGGAGGAAGACUCGGUAUUCGAUCCUAACUUAAAGAAAAAGAAGAAAAAGAAGAAGAUCACCUUUGAUCUCGAUGCAGAACUCAAUGAAGGAGGAAGUAAUGAUGAUACAACAGAGGAUACUCUAGAUAAAGAAAAUCAAGAACCUGAGCCAGCUGCUAUUGAGGAUGAUGGGACAAUGGACUUAGAAAACUUUGGCAAAAAGAAAAAAAAGAAGAAGAAGUUGUUCAAUUUUGAUGAGUUAGAAGCAACAUUGCCUGAUACAAAGAAAGAGGAGCCUGUAGAGCAACAGACAGAGGAAGUGGUAGUAAAUGACGACUUGGAUUUAGACAUGGACUUCUCUAAGACUAAGAAGAAAAAGAAGAAAACGAAAAAGGAUUUCGAUGAAUUAGUGGCUGAAGACGAGCGUAAAGAUACUGAAGAAAAGGAUAAUGGCUGCACUGAAUCUGAGCGAAGUGCAGAAUAUGUGGAGGAGGCUAAUUCGUGGGCAGCCUCGGACAGGGAUUACACGUACGAGGAGUUACUAAUUAGAGUAUUUACCAUCUUGCGAGAAAAGAAUCCCGACAUGGUAGCUGGUAAGAAACAAAAGUUCAUCAUGCGUCCGCCACAAGUAGUACGAAUCGGAACGAAGAAAACAUCCUUCGCCAAUUUCACCGAGAUUUGUAAAACGUUGCACAGGCAACCGAAACAUUUAUUGGACUUCCUGCUCGCCGAGUUGGGAACAAGCGGUUCCGUGGACGGAAACAAUCAGUUGAUUAUCAAGGGUCGAUUCCAACAGAAGCAAAUAGAAAACGUUCUUAGAAGAUACAUCAAGGAAUACGUCACGUGUCACACAUGCCGCUCGCCGGAUACGAUUCUCCAAAAGGAUACUCGGCUCUUCUUUUUGCAGUGCGAGACCUGUGGGUCGAGGUGCUCAGUCACCAGCAUAAAGUCGGGCUUCCAAGCCGUCACAGGGAAACGUGCUGCUAUGCGUGCGAAAACUGCCUAAACAGUCUUCUGCUUCUCAGGAUCUUCUCAAUAAUUUUUGCAAGAUGCCUGUUGUACUUUAUUUAAAAUUGUUCAGACUUAUAGAAAGGAGAAGUUUAAACUCUUACCAAUCAGGAGUAUGAAGUGGAUAAAAAAAGUAAAAGCUGCAGAGGAGUGUUAAACGCUAUGAGAAGUAAAUAAGUUAUAUAAGUAAUUGUAUCUCUCUCAAAUUGAUUGAAGUAUGAGAACCUAGAUGAUAUUAGAAAAUAUUAGAUAGUAUUAAAUUAAAAUUGAAAUGAAUUUGAAACAGAUUCUGUUGUAAAUUAUAGCAUAAAGAAUUUGUUAGUGAUUUAAUUCUUAAUUUAUUUAUGAUCUUAACAUCGAUGUCUUCACAUUACAUCUUAUCAUUGAAUGAAUUUUAAAGAAGUUUCUGUUAUUUGAUGUUUCAAUCUGUAGGGUCUUUGAAUUUGUAGUAACUUGGAUCUUAAUGUCCCGAAAAAUCCAGAAUUCUCGUUCUCAAGUAAUCUCUCAAUUAAAUAAUAAAUAAUAAACUUAUCCAAAAUAUACAAUUUCUGCAUCAAGCUCGUUUAUUGACGAAUACGGUUUAGAUAUAAAAUGUUGAAGAGUACCUGAUCGUUAUUAACAAUAGGGCUAAGCAGUAAUUUGUUAAAUUUUCUUGCAUACACAAAAACUUCAAGUCAGACCAUAUGUGUGCGAAAUGAAAUAGUGAAUUAGCAAAAUUGUUUCCUAAGAUGACAAGACCUUCCAUUUUGUAAUCCGUUCGACUACUUAACGAUAGAUUUCGUAAGUUAUCGUAUGUAUAUCUUUGUAUACUUUCGAAAUCAGAAGAUCUGAUUGAACAGUUGGAUAAGGUUCGCUUUGAUACAAAUAACAUUUUUGCAGUGCAAUAUUGACAUAUUUUACUAUCUCAUAGCACACAAUUGAUAUUAUAUAUAACAUAAUGUAGCGACGUGUAUAUAUCUUCUAACUAAAUAAUAUUGCUAGAGCAUUUGCAACAUUUUUGUAACGUCAUAACCGACUAGUCGUAAAAGAUUUAAAUAAACGUUAAGUAGCCAUUGUAUGAGAUUGUGUAACCUGGAAAAAAACCCGCGAAAGUGCAAAUAUAAUCGCGAAAUUUAUAAAUAGUCUCUCAUAUUUCGGUAAGAUUUGCAUCAAUCAAGCGACUUACGAAAGUCGGAACUCGAAUCUCACAGCGCUGCAAAUGCUCGCGACAUUUUUGUAAAAGGAUUGUUUUGCAACGCGAUACUUGCCGCGUGUUGCGAUCCUCGUCAUUAUCCUAUACCGAUCGAUAAUGUCCUCAUGGUCUUUGAUGAUAGCGCGUAUCUUGUUCAAGUUCCUAAGAGAAAGAUAAAUGGUGUUGAACAUAUUUCAAAGUCGAUGUCGUAGUCUAUUGCGGUGCGCAUAUUAACUUAUCACCAAUACCAUACUCUUAAACAUCGCGAUUUUAACGCGACUGUCGAAUUGUUAUUGCAUUUGUCUCGUGACGCGAAAGAGACUCUGUACGGUGCCUAUGUUAACAUUUCUGCCAGCAGUACGUGACCUGGAAAUAAUAACAGUGUUUGCUAAGAAUCUCAGGAUGUAAAUUCGAGAAUUUGUGAAGUAGCGGGAUGUGAGAGUUCCACGAUACGACGUGGAAGUGUGCGUGAAUAUGCAAUGAGUCCGGUUAGAGUUUUUAGGAAAUAUAGCGGACGAAUAAACGAGGUCAAUUGCUGUUAGACAGUAAAUGGAAUUCUCACUGUAAGCCGUGCAUGUUUGAUCGUUCGCGUGCGCCUCCAAUGAGUAAUCGUUUUUUAGAACCACCAGUUCCAAAAAAUUGCAUAAUAUGUCUCGUUUUAUGCGACAGAUGUUUGUACAGGGCGUAAUUUGACAGUACUAACUGCGCGUUAUUGCCUCUUUCCUUCCUGACGAGAACUGCGACAGACGCGAGGCCGUCAGUAUGUUACUUUAGUUUGUGUGUCUUAGAAUGUGAUUAGGAGUGUGAACUAAUACUAUUCCGCGAAACAUUGUUUAAUGGGAGAACGAUACCGUUCCCUGGAUACGGAUCGCCGUACACGAUUCUGUGUGAAAUAUUUGUUCUUCCAUUACAGCGAUCAGUUUCUAAUCGACGUCAGCUAGGUCUAAUCCUUGCGUUUCGAUAUCUUCCACAUCCGUCACUUACACCGUCGAUUCAUUCUGACGUAAAAACUCUGAAAUAAGGAUGCAAACGGGUGGAUCGUAUCCAUUAUUCGAGAGUAUGACAUUAACUUACAUAAUCUAAGAUAAUAAAAUGACAGUGCGAAGAAAAAAUAUACGUUACUUUCAAAUUGUAAUCGAAAUAAUUGUUAUGCGAAUCAUCGUUUCGAGGGAUUAUUCGAUAUUUAUUAGCCAAUUUUAUCGAAUAAUAAAUCAGCUAUGAAUAUA